AUGAUCUACCAAUCGAUCAACUGGAUCGACUCGACGAAAGAAGUUUCUAGUGUCACCUUGCCGAAUGUGACCUCAGGUGCUGCGACUGGCCCUGGCGGCGCUGCACAGAAGACGCGAUUGCACAUUUUCGCCGUCUCGCUUGUAUCUGCAACUGGAUCUGGAAUCAGUCUUGAAAUACAGCAGGCACGAUCGACACAACUGUGGAUGGAAGGCACGAACAAGACUCAGAUUUUUGAGGCUAUCGUUGUGAACACUGGACAUCAAUGGAUUCUUGCCAACAACAGCGUGAAAGUCAUAGUCGAAGCUUCUGGUGUCGAAACUGUGCAGCCUGGAGUCAUCAACAGGCUUCGUCCCGGAGAUAGAGCCACUGUCCGCAUUGGUGUAGUCAACAGUGACGGAACAGAGCCUGGUACCAAGGGCGAAGCCACUUUGCGUGUGACAGGUGCUGGGGUGCAAGCAAGCUCCACAUUUGAUGCAGUCUUCGGCAUUGCGCCUUAUGAAGCCACCUACGAGAGUAUAUACAGCCAUGAAAGCCCUCCUUGGUAUACUGGUGGAAAGUACGGUAUAUUCAUCCAUUGGGGUGUUUAUGCUGUUCCUGGCUGGGGCAACUCUGGCGAAAAAGAACAAUAUGCCGAAUGGUAUUGGUGGUAUAUGAAUCAAGGCAGUAACAGCUCGAACUCUGCCGACUUCUACGAAUACAACCUCGCCACGUAUGGGCCUGACCAUGUUUACGACGACUUUAUCCAGAACUUCACCACAGAGCAUUACGAUCCCAAGGAGUGGGUAGAUCUCUUCUCGGAUGCAGGUGCUCAAUACUUUGUUCAAGUCUCGAAGCACCACGAAGGUUACGCUCUUUUCGAUAUCCCAGCCAACAUCACCCAAAGAACAAGUGUUGCCCAGGUACCACACAAGAACUUGUUGCAGAUGUUGUUUGAUGCUGCUGAUCAGUAUCAACCACACCUUCACAAAGCCACUUACUUCUCGCUACCAGAAUGGUUCCAUCCUGACUACAAAAAGUACGGCUUCGGCGAGGCCGAUGGUGCAGGCUGGCCUGGCGGCAAUGCUACUAACCCUUACACUAAUGAGACACUUCCUUACACAGGCUACGUGGCAGUGGAAGAUUUUGUCUCGGACCUCAUCCUCCCUGAAAUGCAGAUUCUGGCACAGAUGGGCACAGAGAUCAUGUGGUGUGACAUCGGAGGACCCAACCUCACCGCCGAGUUCUCUGCCGAAUACUUCAACUCUAUGGCCACCCAAGGCAAACAAGUCCUGAUCAACAAUCGCUGUGGUCUGCCUGGAGACUUCGACACGCCAGAAUAUGCUCGCUACGAAGCCGUUCAAACACGAAAAUGGGAAAGCAACUUAGGCAUGGACCCCUUCUCCUACGGCUACAACCGAGCAACCCCUGUGUCCGCCUACAUCACUCCCGCCUCUAUAGUCACCUCUCUCAUCGACAUCACCAGCAAAAAUGGAAACUUCCUUCUCGAUAUUGGACCUCAAGCCAAUGGCACCAUCGUCGACAUCGAGAAGAAGAAUUUGAGAGAUGCCGGCAGGUGGAUCAAAAGUCAUGGCGAGGCUAUCUUCAACACAACUUACUGGUUCAUCACACCUGAAGAGGGAGAUACAGGCCGUUUCACGCAGACGCCAGACGCCUUUUACAUGUUGACGCUGUAUCCGCCCAACGCUACACUGGUCUUGGAUAGUCCUGUGCCUUAUGUUGCUGGCGACAAAGUCACCGUCGUAGGCGGCAAUAUGAGCGGCAGUGUUGUACCUUCGAGACUGCUGGCUAAUGGGAGCUUGGAAUUGACUAUUAGUGAUGCUGUGAGGGGUAGUGAUGAGUAUAGCUGGGUGUUCAAGAUUCCGUUUGGCGGUGUACAGACGAUGGGCAAUGCGACGUAUACUGGAAGUGCUCCUCCGGCUCAACAGACUGCCAAUGAUGCGAGGAAGUUGUCGUCUAGUUGUUUGGGAUUGGUCCCUUCUGUCUUACUUGGUCUGAUGUUUUGCUUUGCAUAG